AAUCUACCGCGCUGGUACUCCGUAGUAGUACACUGCAGCCCCUUGGCCAGAGAGUUCUUGCCCUGGUCAGUUUCAGGCCUGUCAAUAUCCAUCUUGUUUUAUUACAAACAUCCCGGUCCCUUUUCUUUCCACUUCUUCGUUUAAUCUGUAUCGUACCCACAUGCACGAUCUGGUUGCAAGCCGCCCCUUUGAUCAAUGAACGGACGACAUGCAUGGAGGCCACCUUUUAUGACCACAUCGGCCAAUUGUCUCGUCUAGAUUGCGUCCCAUGGGUUAUUUCUUCCAGGCUUGUCCCUGUCCCUUCCCGCAUCCAGAUGAAGAAGACUGUAAUCCUUCUUCCCUGCUGCAUUGCUGGCAGGCAGUGACCCCUUCACCUUCCCAAGAAUCCGUCCGUUCGUACCCAUUUUACUCCCCUCCCCUCCGCUGCCUUGACCGGCUCCUCGGUGAAGGGCAGGGUGUGCUUGUCUUCUGCUGGAUGUGAAGAAAAUCAAGGACGAGUAAGAGCGAGAAACACAUACCUUACAACCCUUAUCCCGGCCUGGCCCCGUGUACCUACCUGAGUUGCUCUGCAUUUCUUCUUCAUCAUGUGUGUCGGUUAAUGCCUGAUCAUUACUCCGCAACCUUUUCUCAAACCUGCCUUGGACUGUGCAGCUCUCUUGCACAGAGGAUCUGAGGAUUCUCAAGGUGAACCCGCCAAGGUUGCUCACCCACACCAACAUCCGACCGGUCUGUACAACAAGACAAUAUGGAAGGUUAUCUCACUGUCCCGCCCGACAGGGGAACAAUCCUGGGACGGGCGCUGUGGAAGGCCCGUUAUAUAGUUCUUGGGGGCGCUCAGCGGGAGGUCAAGCCAGAGGACUCGCCCUCACAAUCCCAAUCGAGCGCGCGCGGCAGGGAGGGCCGGGGAUCUUCACGGAGCCAGAGUAAUAUUUCGUUUGAUGGCAACACCUACCUUUCUAUAUACAAGGCGUCGGAUGACCGAGAGCCUAUGCAACAAUAUGCCGUCAGCACCAUCGCCCAAUGCCAGGUUCAGAUGGCCGCGCAUCGCAAGCAAGGCCCAGUGUUGCCGACCCUCAUCAUCACGAUUGUCCCUGAUCCAGCAACAGACAAGCUUCGCAAGCGUCGGUCGAGCCGGGCAGCAGGUCUCGUUGCCGCGAGCCGAGAGUCCGGCCCGAUGCAGCUGUGGUUUCGAGCCGAAGAGGUUAACCGCGAUGGACAGACCCUUCACGACUGGGCAAGGGCUAUACAAGCCAUGAUCCAACCGAAUAUGCCUGAAAUAACCCCGAUGAGCCCGAUGUCUCCGGCUUCCAACAGCUUCAACAGCCCAUUCGCACAACGACAGCCUCGCGACGCGUCCGAGUAUCACCAAAACAGGCCCCCCAGCGCCCCGAAGUCAUCGCUGCAGCACAAGUCGUCUACGACAACGGGAUCGAGCCGGGAAAGACCACUUACUUUCUCCGACACGCCGAGUUUGCGAUCCCGGCGCAGUGACAUCUCGUCACUGGCGGGCAUCAACGUGCCACCGCUAGCGCCGCACACCUAUGCUUCAGUGAUGCCAUCAGACUUGCCCUCACCUGCGACAUCUGGUGGGCAUUAUGGCGGCUUUAUAGAGGGGUGGACAACAGCGCAGGGGCGAUCUUCGACCCUGAGCUCCCCGGUGCGAAACGUACGCGACAGCAUGGGGUCCAUGCCUCCCUUUUCCCCACCAGCCACCAUAGAAUCUGGUUCACCGCCAGCCCCGCGAGAGACGAUCCUGGACAGGGCUUUCCAACUGCACUGCAUUCCGGGGUCUGACCAGCAGAUCCCAGGCGAAGAGAAGCUGAGUUCGCUUGCCCGUUUUGAAGCGUUGAUGCAACAGGCCGACGAGCAGAGGAAGGAUAGGGAACAGAGGCCACAGACAAUGAUGAGGCGGCCGGCCUCACCGCCGGAUUCCCCACCGCACUCUUUGCAACAGUCUCAUCUACGAAGUGCUUGGGACCUGGACGAUUCGUCAGACGACGACUCGGAAGCCUCGGACUCGGACUCGACUCAUGGUGACUCUGGAUACGGGAGAGAGGAAGAUGUGGAGCAGGAUCGACCAAGAAAGCGUGCGGAGUCACGAAGGACACUCGGCUACGUGUCGGGGCGACGAACGCCUCAAUCUCAGUCCCCUCGUGGCACAACGGGACCUCGGUCUCCCAUCGCCUUCAACAACGAGGCGUUGAUGGCUUUGAACAGUGGGUCCAACCUUGGUCGAGGCUCUUCCAACAGACCGGUUUUUGCUCAGAGAUCAUACAGUCAAACCCAGAUAGGCGGCCUCGACGGCUUGAGCCUAGGCGUCAGCCAACAACCCCUCGACGUGUCGCCCGGCAGGAGCAGUGUCACCUCACGCAGGACCUCGGUCCAGGAGAGCGUAGGCGGACUUAACCCGGCAGCGGCUGUGUACCGGACGACCCCGGCAGCCGAAGGGCAGAAGCGACAAUCGGCUGCGAGCAACGGCAACAAGAGGCUCAGCUUCACCGAGUUCACCAGAAGGCUGAGCAGCACCGGUAGCCUACUACUCAACGGCAACCCCAGUGGCGAGACGGACACCCAGCCCGCUGGUGCGACUCGUUCGCCAAUGCAGCCUCGUGGGCCGCCGUCCCUCUUCAAAUCACCCGAGUUCGAGAGGGAUCGUGCUGCGGACCGCAUUACCCAUGAUCAGGCCUGUAGCAGCUGGCGAAACGGCGUUGGUGUGCUCAGCGGCGAGGGUGGCUUCCUGUGAUGACAUCACGCCCAAAACGACGGGUAUCGAUGUCGCCGUGGGCUCGAUAUCCGUUGCGUUGCCAGAGCCGAAACGUUCAAGGCUCCGUCAAGUGAAUCAUCGCCCGGGGGGCUCCCGAUCCGACCACCUAAGGCCAGGCAUACAACGUGCCAGCAUAUGGCCUGCGCCACCACCAGGGGACAUGACGCAUCCCGGCUGACUGCUCGACUCCAGGUCGUGCUUCAUUUCUUUCACGCGGAACUUACCAAUCAUUGUAAUGCUUGUCUUCACCUUUUGUUUUCCAAUCAGAGACUCAUUCAUGACUGUCAUGACCCCAUAUCCAAUCAUCUUUCUCGUCACGGCCGGAGCUUUGUGGUGCAAGAACACACAAUCACAUUCAAAACAUUAUAAGCCAUGGCGUUCGAAAUGCUUUCCCACACCGAUAUCCCGAGCCGGCCUGCAACUGUCAUUUCAAAACCACAAAAAUAACCUUCCCCGCACCCCUACUCCAUGGGCAAGACGUGGGGAAGACAGAGAGGCAUCAAAUAUACACAUUUUCUUAUUCUGCAUUGAAGAGUUCUGGGGCUGGGAGACAGAGACGCAGGAAAGGCACCAGGGGCCGGGACGUCUUGCAAGAUAGGAAGAAAAACGACACAAAACCAAAAAGCCUUUGUAUGGCGAGUAUAGGCGGGCACGUUUGCAUCUAUACACUUGUAUACACACCUAUAUAUCUGAGUAUAUAUCAUGGUUUACCUUCUUUGUAGCUAUAAUCUUCAUCUUUUCCUUCGCCUUCCAGGGCGUUGCUGGUUUAUGA